CCGGAACCUCGGAGCGCCGGAACCUUCGGCCGCGGCUGCGGGCCCCGCGGGCAGGUCCGUGGCCGGAGCGGCCCCCCGCGCUGCGCGGUGUGCGGGACGCGGCGCGAUGAGGCUGGCCCCGCGCGCCCUGUGCAGCGCCGCCGGGGCCGCCUGGCGGGAGAGCUUCCCUCUGGGGAGCCACGAUGUGGCGCGCUGGUUCCCGGGCCACAUGGCCAAAGGGCUGAAGAAGAUGCAGAGCAGCCUGAAGCUGGUGGACUGCAUCAUCGAGGUCCAUGAUGCCCGGAUCCCAUUUUCGGGCCGCAACCCUCUGUUUCAGGAAACCCUCGGGAUUAAGCCUCACUUGCUCGUCCUCAACAAAAUGGACUUGGCGGAUCUGACGGAGAAGCAGAAAAUUUUACGACACUUGGAAAGAGAAGGCCUAAAAAACGUCAUUUUUACCAACUGUGUCAAGGAUGAAAACAUCAAGCAGGUCGUCCCCGUGGUCACGGAGUUGAUUGGAAACAGCUACCGCUACAACCGCGGAGAGAAUAUGGAAUUCUGCAUCAUGGUGAUUGGCGUCCCCAAUGUGGGCAAGUCCUCGCUCAUCAACUCGCUCAGGAGACAGCACCUCAAGAAAGGAAAAGCCACCAGGGUGGGCGGUGAGCCUGGGAUCACUAGAUCUGUGAUGUCCAGAAUUCAGGUGAGUGAGCGGCCGCUGAUGUUCCUGCUGGACACGCCUGGAGUGCUGGCUCCUCGGAUUGAGAGCGUGGAGACGGGCCUGAAGCUGGCCCUCUGUGCCUCUGGCCGAGACCGAGGGCGUGCACUCACCUCACUCCUGUUUCCAGGAACCGUGUUGGACCACCUGGUCGGGGAGGAGACUCUGGCCGACUACCUUCUCUACACCCUCAACAGGCACCAGCUCUUUGGGUACGUGCAGCACUACGGCCUGGGUGAGGCCUGCGAUGACGUGGCAAGUGUGCUGAAGCGCGUGGCCAUCAAGCUGAGGAAGACGCAGAAGGUGAAGGUGCUCACGGGCACAGGCAACGUGAACGUCAUCCAGCCCAACUACUUGGCGGCCGCCCGUGACCUCCUCCGGACCUUCCGCAGCGGGCUGCUGGGCCCCGUGAUGCUGGACCGGGACCUCCUGCAGAGCCUGCCCGCCGUAGGCCCCAGCCAGGCCCUAGGCCCCGGAGACGCGUAGCGCCCCAGACCCUCCCGUCCGGGUUCUGACACUCAGGGCUCCCUCUUCUGGAAGCUCCGUGCCAGUCACUACACUACGGCCUCUGCCCUAGGAAGGAUGCUGCACGCUCCUGCUGCUCCGCAGCCAGGCCAGCUCCUGGUCCCUGGGGCCAGCGCAUGGGCUGCAGACGUCAGCCCCGACCUCCCUGCGCCGUCCUGCGUGCCUGGCCGGGCGAGGACACUCACUCUCGCUCAUUUCUCGCACGAGAAGCUGACAUCGGCCCGGAGAGAGAGAAGCUGUAAUCUAAUUUAAAUGCUUUAAACUAA